AUGUCAUCCAAGACGCCUUUACCAUUUUCACCAGAAACACCAACCACCUCAACAUCAUCUACGCCAAUCAUCUCCAAACAACAAUGCAUCACACUAAAGCCAUGUUCUCAUCUUUCACAAGUUCUAAACUCAAACGCCAAAGACACAGUGAUAAGGAACUAUGGACUAGCUGCUAAAGUCUCCAGCUUCAACACAAUUUCAAGUUUAAACAUGCCGUCAUUUGUCAACAUUAAAGGAAAUAAAAGCAAGGUUGAUCGUCACAAGAUAUUGAAGCUGAAAACCAGGGCGGUUAAAUGUCGAGAUUGUUCUACAAAUCUAGGCAAUACAUUUAUGUGUCUUCAGUGUCCUCAUGUUGGAUGUUGGCACAAGCAUCAUUUCAUCAAACAUGCUAAGCUCGCUGGUCAUAUAUUUGGAAUAGAUGGACAGUUGGGUUAUUUAUUUUGCUUCAAAUGUGGUGACUAUACAAAUGAUCCACAGCUAGAAGCUGUUCGUCUAAAUAUGAUUGGAAAUCAUAAUAGUACGUAUGAGUUACAACAUACAGAUAAUCAAACUGAAGAAGAGAACGAAAAAUUGAUCACUGAAUAUUCCCGUCCAACCACAUUCAAAGCCACUACUGGUCUUCGGGGAUUCGUCAAUAUGGGGUCUACAUGUUUCAUGAGCAGUGUAUUACAAACAUUUAUCCAUAAUCCAAUAAUAAGAGAAUUUUUCAUGACAGAAGGGCAUAUGGAUUGCUCUAAGCAGAAAAAUGAAUGUAUCACUUGUUGCGUUGAUGAAAUUUUCACGGAUUUCUAUACAACUAAUAAGACAUCAGGUUUUGGUCCGACUUCAUUAUUAAACGCAGCAUGGAAGACCAACAAAUCACUAGCUGGUUACUCUGAACAAGAUGCACAUGAAUUCUGGCAAUUCUUAGUGAAUCAAUUACAUCAUGACUUAACAGGUGCUAAUAAUCAUAACAGUUCUUCGUGUGAUUGUGUUGUUCAUAAAGCAUUUUCAAGUGAUUUACAGAGUGCAAUUACUUGUCUAGAGUGUGGCAAUGUCACAAAGACAAUUGAUCCAAUAAUUGAUCUAUCCUUAGAAAUAUCAGAUAAUAGUGGGUUGAUCGACUGUCUUGGAAAUUUCACCAAAUCUGAAAAUUUAGAUAUAAAGUACAGUUGUUCUAAUUGUCAAACAAGAACUAAUGCAACCAAGAAGUUGACAAUUCUGAAGUUUCCAAAUGUCUUAUCAAUUCAAUUGAAGAGAUUCAAGCAUAAUAAUCAAUCUGUUAAAAUUGAAAGCUUUAUUGAAUUCCCAAUGUUUAUAAAUAUGAGUGAGUUCGCCACAAACUAUGAAGUGGAUAAGAAGCAGAAUCCUUAUUUAAACUAUGAACUCUUUGGUGUUGUUUGUCAUAUCGGAUCUGUUAAUACAGGUCACUAUGUCACAGUGAUCAAAAAUAAUGAAGGGAAAUGGUUUAAAUUCGAUGAUUCAGUUGUUACAUUAAUGACAUGGGAUCAAGUUUCUCAAUUGAAAGCAUACAUGUUGUUUUAUAUGAUCCACAAGUUGUGAAAAGAAA